GAUGCGUGUAGUCCACUGGAAGAAGAGGGAGAACGGAAAUGACGCGAUUCUCAGAGUCCCCCGUUUAAUGUUUGAGGGAUUAUCAAGCAGAGAUCAACUGCUGCUGCAGGAGAAAUCUCAGAGGUUAAGAAAUGAUCGUCCAGUAUGAGGAGGGACCGACGGUCAGCGCAGACUGCGGGAUAUGAGCCGGAGACCUCAGAUAAAGACACACAAUCGAUCUCCCACAGCAACAUGAAGAGUAAGGAAGAGGAGGGUCUGGAUGACCAAGAGGUCUGUAACCAGGAGAGGAACUCCAGUCUGGACCAGGAGGACUCAGAACCUCCACAGAUUAAGGAGGAACAGGAGGAACUCUGCAUCAGUCAUGAGGGAGAGCAGCUUGUACUGAAACAGGAGACUGAAGGCAUCAUCGUCUGGACCAGGGAAGAUUGUCUCAAACUGCUGGAUACCAUCUGGAAAUCUGAAAUAAAGCCACAUGGCAUAGAUCUUCCCCAGCAAAUUGACUGUAAGGAAGAGGAGGUUCUCACAGAUGAACAGGACUGUAAUGAGGAGAAGAAGUUCAGUCUGGACCAGGAGCACCCAGAUCCCCCACAGUUUAAAGAGGAACAGGAAGACCUUUACACCAGUCAGAAGGGAGAACAGCUUCUAUUGAAGCAGGAGACGGAGACCUUUAUGGUGACUCCUACUAAUGAGCAAAAUAACCACAGUGAACCAGAACCAAAGAGGGACCAACUCCUUUCUCACAACUCUUCUGAAUCAGAGAGCCAAGACAGCCCAUUGAAGACAGGCAGAAAAGCAGAGUGGAGAAAGAUGUACCAAAAGGCCUCAGGUCAGUAUUGAACCCGGGCACCUGUGUUCAAUCUUGCAGCAUAUGGUCAUGUUAGCAACAUGUGAGCUAAACCAACACCCAAGAACCCAGUAGUUUAUUCAAAUUAUUGGUUUAUUCUUAUUAUAUAGGUGAAACCCUGAUUGUUAAUGUAUCUGAACCGAUAUUUUCCAGUUGCUCUAAUGCUGUACAGCUGACAAAGAUCAAUUGUAAAUGGAGUGUCUCAACUUUUCUUCACUAAACAGCUUUGUUACAGGAAAAACUAUUUUUUCAGCCAAAAUCUGUAUCAUUCAACAAAGAGUUAUUACUAUACAGGAUUUAAUGCUGGAAAGUGAUGUAAAUAAGACCAAUAAUAUGUUAUAUAAACUUGAGGUCACUUUUUGUGUUAUGUUGACUUUCAUGAAGGUUAAACUUUAGUAUAUGCCUCUCCUGUUCAUCAUUUA